AUGCACAUCACUAUUAGACUCCUGGCAACCGCCGUGGCGGUUGCAUCAGUGUCAUCAUGUUUCAAGCACAGACUUACUUUCUACAAUGGCAACUCGUGCAACAGCGCGGCGCUCGGCUCUGUAGAAGUCGAGGCCUCCCCAGACUGCCAUACCGACCAUGUUGGUGUGGCCCAAUCGUUUACUGUCAAGGGCCUCGGCGAUGGGGAAAACCCCGAUUACGUGGUUAUGUUCGCUUCGGACGACUGCAAUCCCGAGACGAUUAUCGACAAGGCCGAGGGCGGUUGCUUGCGCACCGGAGAUGGCCCGAAUUACGGUUCUUUUCAGGUUUGGAAUGUCAUGAGUGAUUAA